CCGCGCCCUCCGCGCCCUUCCCGCCCUUCCCGCCCAGCGGCCGGAGCCGGACGCGCAGCCCGCGGCCCGAGCAGCGGUUGAAGAUGGAGGUGCCGCGCCUGGACCCCGCGCUCGGCAGCCCGUCCAGCCCCUGCGAGGAGGUGAUCAAGAACCUCAGCCUGGAGGCCAUCCAGCUGUGCGACCGGGACGGUAACAAAUCACAAGACAGUGGCAUAGCAGAGAUGGAAGAACUUCCCGUACCACACAACAUCAAAAUAAGCAAUAUUACAUGCGACUCAUUUAAGAUUUCAUGGGAAAUGGAUUCAAAGUCAAAGGACCGUAUUACACACUAUUUCAUUGACCUCAACAAGAAAGAGAACAAGAACUCCAAUAAAUUUAAACACAAGGAUGUUCCAACAAAAUUGGUGGCGAAAGCUGUACCCUUGCCUAUGACUGUCCGUGGACACUGGUUUUUGAGCCCAAGAACUGAAUAUACAGUAGCAGUUCAGACUGCCUCAAAACAAGUUGAUGGUGAUUAUGUUGUAUCUGAAUGGAGUGAGAUUAUAGAAUUCUGUACAGCAGACUAUUCAAAAGUUCAUCUAACACAACUGUUGGAGAAGGCUGAAGUGAUUGCAGGACGUAUGCUUAAAUUUUCUGUUUUUUAUCGUAACCAGCACAAAGAAUAUUUUGACUAUAUUCGAGAACACCAUGGGAAUGCUAUGCAGCCUUCUGUCAAGGAUAACAGUGGCAGCCACGGCUCUCCAAUCAGUGGAAAAUUAGAAGGCAUCUUCUUCAGCUGCAGCACUGAAUUCAAUACUGGGAAGCCACCUCAGGAUUCACCUUAUGGAAGAUACAGGUUUGAGAUUGCAGCAGAAAAACUUUUUAACCCCAAUACUAACUUAUACUUUGGGGACUUCUACUGUAUGUACACUGCUUAUCAUUAUGUGAUUCUUGUUAUUGCCCCUGUGGGAUCACCAGGAGAUGAAUUUUGUAAGCAGCGACUUCCUCAACUAAAUUCCAAGGAUAACAAAUUUUUGACCUGUACAGAAGAAGAUGGGGUUCUGGUUUACCACCAUGCCCAGGAUGUCAUUUUAGAAGUCAUUUACACCGACCCCGUGGAUCUUUCUCUGGGCACUGUGGCAGAAAUCACUGGUCAUCAGCUCAUGAGUUUGUCUACUGCAAAUGCAAAGAAAGAUCCCAGCUGCAAAACCUGUAACAUCAGUGUUGGACGCUAACCCCCGCUGUUCUGAUCCUUACUCAGCCCCUUCUCCCUUAGGAGCACUGGUCCUCUGUUGUCCAUUUUUGCCAUCAGUUGUUCUCCACUGAAGCAUGCACAUGCGCUGUCACCAAAAACAAACCACACCUCUCAAACUUCAUUCAGAGCUGUUCUAGUGUUUCCCAUUCCCCACCCUUCCCACUGCCUUCGAUGAUCAAGUAUCCUCAGUUCUCCUUCUGACACUUUAUUUGCCUAGAUGCUGCAAUGUUUUUACUUUUCCUAUAUGCCAAACAUAACAAGACAAUUAUAUAGAAUGCUUUAGCAAAAUACAAAAUAACAGCUUAUAAAUGGUGUUUAAAGAUGCAUUCAUUUUAAUCUACUGAACAAAUAUUGGAAUAACUCCAAAUCGCAUGAAAGGGUGUAAUUGCAGCAUGAGUUAAAUCUUAAAGCCUAGAAUUGUCAGCACUUCCAACUUGUUAUUUGACAGUGUUAUUUAUGUUAUUUAUAUUAGCUAACAGGAAGCAACUACUGUGUUUCAACAUAAUAAAUAUAAUAGAAAAAUAUUUUAUUUGUAUUGUUGUAUAAAAUAUUUACAAUCAUAUCGAAUAUGUGGAGUUACAUUUUAAUAGCAAUUGUAUACCUUGUCACAAAACCAUUUCCCUUAUCAAAGAUGUAAUUUGUAAACCUCAAGUAGUUGUGUAUCUGUCCUGUUACAAGUGGAUGACUUCAAUUAAACAAAUUUAUGAAGGA